GUUGAUGUGAAACCACCCCUACUGCAAGCGGCUCCAUCGCCCAAUGGUUUGCAGCUGGCUUCUGUCGCUAAAGCUACUGAGAAGCAGUGGUCACAACGGCGAACUAAGCGAAAGUCCGAGGCUUCCGCCGCAGGAGUCCUAAAAGAAGGGGCGACUGAAACAAAGAAGGCGGCUGCAACUGAUGGGGUGAAAAAAAGUGCCACUGGGAGUGGCCGACCGGCCUCAGAAAAGCCGCACAAGUGCACUGACUGUGGUAAGUCCUUCUCCCGGUCUGAUGAACUGACUCGUCACAAGCGCAUACACAGCGGUUCUAAGCCUUUCACAUGCAAAGAAUGCCAACGUCAGUUUUCCCGGUCAGACCAUCUGCGGACGCAUUUUCGCACGCAUUCUGGCGAAAAACCCUUCAAAUGUGACACUUGCGGGAAUUGCUUUGCCCGCUCUGAUGAAUUAAAACGGCAUAAGAAGACUCACGAGAAGGUUCACGGCCAGUCCUCCUUACAGGCUGCUGGGUCACGCGCUGCCUACAGGACUACCACCACAGCCUUGGGCCAAGGUGUUUCGGCUACACUGCAGACUCACCGUGCUUUGGGUAGUCCUAAGAAGGUGAGACAGCGUCGACAAACUGCAGCAUCUGACCAAGCCUCAUUGCGACAGGCACCGAAAGUUUUUCCACCACCCGAACAAACUACUGCUGCUCUUACCAGUGCCGCCACCACCACAACAAAUUUCCCUCAGCUCCAGUCCGCAAACAGUCUGCCCCGAGACACGAGUUAUGGGAGCACAGCAUCGUUUCAGACUCAAGUGGGCCAGCCGCCGCAGCAACAUUACAUUUUCAUGCCGUCAGUGCCUCCCUUCUCGGUCAACGGCAGUUUCAAGCACGAUUGA